AUGAGAGUCAAUGCAGCCGUCCUAUUGGUCCUCUGUCUCCUGACCAUCAGUCAUGCAUGGGACUGUCAGGAGGUAGUGGACAUCAACAAUCUGAUGCAGAUCGAUGCAGGACUGGGGCAAGUGGUUGCUACGGACACAAGCCUUCUGAAACAGUUGGAUGCUGGAGGUGACCAGUUUGUUGUGGGGGCUAACAUGGACGAUACUCCAUUCUGUCUGACAAGUAGUGCCACAGUUGGCUACAAGGGUCCAGACUCACCCCUUCCAUGGACAGGAUUGCCAGGAGCUGUGAAGUACUACAGCUGCGGACCCUUUGGGUGCUGGGCAGUCAACAAGAAUGAUGAUAUCUACUUAAUGAGUUAUGUGAACAAAGACACCUGUCAAAACAAGGGGUGGAGUCACAUUGAAGGCAAGCUUUCCAUGAUUGAGGUGGCAACUGAUGGUAGUGUCUUUGGGGUCAACUCUGUGGGUAGUGUUUAUACCAGAGACGGCAUCACAGCCAGUAAACCAGAGGGCACCGGAUGGAGCAAUAUCCCAAUGUGCAUGCUCAUGGGCCAUGUGACCUACGACCUGGGCCGUCUUUGGGUCGUCUCCAAGUCUGCCGUCACCAUGGUGUGCACACCUUAGCCUCUCCUCUGCAUCUGUUGGCCAUUUGGGUUCUGUCUAAAGUUUACUUGCUAACUCAUUGAUCUCUCUUUCUGGAAAAGCCUUUAGUUCAUUAGUUCAUAAAAAUCCUUCAUUUUAAAACCUAUUGCUCUACCUAUUAUUUUCAGUUCUUCAAUGAUCUUAUUGACAUUUAAAAAAAAAUAUCAAUGAAGAUUUUAUAUUUUCUUGACCACUCCUUGAUUAACUCUUCAAUAGAUCUUUGCCAUGGAGGCUAUUUAAUUAAGUGUAGUGUAAACUAGGGCACGGUCAUGUUGCUCACAAUCCACAUGGGUUUUGCUGUGCUUCAGAGGUCAUCAAUAGGAUUGCAUGGAAUCCUUGUCAUUGUUUAUUAUCUCAUUAUAUAAUCAUUUCCUGCAAAAAUAAAGCAUUCAUUUUGAAACUAUUG